AUGACAUGUAUUGUAUCGGUGCAAAAUGCACCUGUAGACAGGAGGGUGUUGACAUGUUACUGGCCGGACUGUCGAGAAGUCCGGGUGAACGUGACGGAAGUUCGUGAAGUGUUUGUGACAUCCUGUGGACUUAACCGGGUGAUUGUCUUCGGGGACCCUGCCAUGAUAAAGAUUCGAGAUCUUCGUGGUCGUAUUUGUGAGGCAACAUUCAGUCCUUCACCACCUAAGCAUAGUGAUACCACGAUCGGACAAUCAGAGACAUCAGAGACUACGCCAUUGAUCACUAAACCCACACUUCUGUCUACAGCUCAAGCAGAGACAACUAUGCUGACCAAGUCCGGACAAACAGAGACACCAGAGACUACGCCAUUGAUCACUAAACCCACACUUCUGUCUACAACUAGUCAAGCAGAGACAACUAUGCUGACCAAGUCCGGACAAACAGAGACAUCAUCAUCAGCCACGUCAAUAAUCACUCAACCUGUGUCGACAGCUAAUGAAGCAGGUAUGAAUGAAAAGCCUCAUGAUCUAGGAGAAACAACAUCAACCGUAACAACAGCAGGAAUCACUGUUAAAACAGAAUCAGGACAGGAAAUUCUGAAUAAACUGUUGGCGAAGUUAAAUAAACCGUUGGAAGAUGGGGAGACACUCUCAGAUAAAGCUCUUGGGCUCUUAGCAUGGGCGGUUGCAACCACCUUUGCGGUUGCAAUUCUGCUGUUAAAAAAGUGGCUUAAGAAAAAGUGUGAGAACUGUGUGAGAGAGGAUGAUGAUGUGCCUACACCACCCCCCCAAUCCAUUGAUGAUGAACACUCUUCCUCCUCCUCCACAUCCCCUGAUCCUGACCUAUCUACCAUUCACCCCUCCACCCCAACCACCAUUCACAAUGAUGAUGAUGAUGAUGAUCAGACCACUUUUAAUGAUGAUGAUGGCAUCAACCCGCCUCCAAGAACCAGUACCCCUCCAUCCCCCAAUGAAAGCCGAAGACCCCUGAUCACUCCCCUAUCCUCUGUCACCACCUCCCCAGAUGUUGAGGAAGAAGAUGAAUGCGUAGCUCGAAACACUAGGUCCAAGCGACAACUGAAAUUUUAGGUCUUGUUAACGAAAGCAAAACUUUACAUGUAAAUGAUAGUGGUUUUUAUGUUUGAUUUUUACAUUGAGAUUCGGUUUUUAAUAAACUU